CAUACGGGAAGGCGUUCGUGUUUUUGCUCUCGCCUUCCAAACACACACAUUCGGAGCGCUGAAGCACUCUCUCCACCUACGGCCUCUAGCUCUAUCGCAUUACUAUCCUCUGAAACCAUGAAGGUCACCGCCGCAGCCGCCGUUUGCUCGCUUGGCAUGGCAAGCGCUUUCGUGAGCCCUGGCGCUUUCCGGGCACCUACUGCAUCGCUCAGCAAGGCAUCGUCGAAGACGCCCUUGUCGAUGAGCGCCUUGGACGGUGAGGUCGGGGUUUCCCUGGAGGCGGGAGGUGCCGUCUUCGACCCCCUCGGCCUCGCGGAGCUCCACUCGAUCAACCCCUUCGUCAACCCCCACCCCAAGUGGCUGCAAGAGUCUGAGAUCAAGCACUGCCGCAUCUGCAUGCUUGCCUUCGUUGGCAUCGGGGCGGCCCAGGCGGGCUUCGUUUUGCCGGGGCUGGGGUACGAGGCCGUGCCGUGGUACGAGCAGUUUAACGAGUUCGCCUCGAAAAACCCGGGUGGGCUGGCCCAGCUUAUGUUGUUCUUCGCUGUGGCGGAGGGAGCGACCUACUGCGGUGACUUCUGGAGCGGAGGAGGAGAGCGCGAAGCGGGGGACCUCGGCUUGUACUUGAAGAAGCCGGACAAGACGGCCGUCGAGAAGCUGCGGCUCCAGGAGCUCAAGAACGGCCGUCUGGCCAUGAUCUCGGUGGCGGCGUUCGCUUCAGAGCACUGGAUCAAGGGCGCCGUUCCGUUCCUCGAGGGACAGGGCUUUUAAUGCUGCUAACCAUUUAGUUAACCGACAUUGCUGCUGCUGCUGCGUUUCGCUGCUGUGCUGGCUCUGUGCCAAGGACGUGGUAGUUCGUGGUUAAUCGAUCACAGCAGUUUGUGCGUUGUGUAGUGCCGAAGGGGAAGGGGUUCGUGCAUUUUUUAGAUGGGAUACCGUACCACACACACACACACGUGGACGAUGCACCCACGAGCUGUAAACGGUUUUUUGGAGUACUGCUGUAGAACCUCUUCGGGGACCCAGAUGGAUGGCGUCUGAACAGGCGUUUCUCUGGGUUUGUUUUUCCCCCCUCACCCGCCCCGCCCCACCAGUGGCGGCUUUUGGCAUGCAGCAACCCACCGCCGACAUUAUUAAGCCAGGGUGAAUAUUUUCCCUUGAAGAUCCCUUAGCCUGUUAUCGGAGCCUUUGAGCGGAGUGUAAUGGCAUGGCUGCCUGUGACCCUUGCAGGCAGAGCGAAACAGUGGGAAAAGAAUGUGGGGAAGCCUUUUGUGGUAUUUUGAUGGGCUAGCUCUGGGCAUCGAGGGUGUGUGCUUGUUUGGUAUUUUUUUUUUCCCCGCAAGGGAGCGUGCCUUGAUAUGUCGCGCACUAGUUGGCUGCCGAGCACGCGAAACUCAGCAGCCAACCAAUAGAAAGCAAAGCCAAUGAACGGCCCCAAUACACACGAAACACAUCGGUUUCUCGACCAGACUGAUUUGUUUGUGCUUCAUGUUGCAUGUCCCCGCUUUGGUUGGGGUCUCUCAGUUAUCCACCACUCACUGCCGUGUUCGAUAAGCUCGUGGAUGCGAGUUGACGCUUGAGGUGGUGCGAUGCAAUCACACCAGCUUGGGAAACUUUCAACGGCAGUGAAUGCUUCUCUUGCCGGUUGAUAGUGCUAGGCAUAUUGCCCGGUAGAGCCGGUGGUGACGAUGCAUCCCGUGCCAAAGCUGUUGGACAUUGAUUUCUCGUUACUUGUGCUUCGAAAGCAUUUUGGCCGGUACCCGCUUCCGGUGCAUGCCGGCAGCAGCACUUGCGUAUGUGAGGUUCUCGCUUUGUAUGAGUGAACAGGAUGUGGUGCACGAAUGGAGGCAGAAAACAGUAACACUUACACAAUCACUAAAUAGUCCUCAGU